AUUUGCCACUAGUGGUGCUCUUCACCUGUGAAAUCUAAACCGCGAAAUCUUAGGAAGGAGUGGUUCUCAGCUGUUUUGGAUUUCCAGUGAAGGAAAUAUACAUGCACACGUUUGUACAUAUAUAUCCAUAAAUCAAUAAUAAAAAAAGAAAAAGCUACAGACGAUUUCACUGAGAAUCACUGGUCUCCCAUGGCGGCUCUUCUGAGUCCCUCUCUCUCUCUUCAUCCUCAAAACAAGGUUCAUCCUGUUGGUGUCAGCACAAUCUUUGCAAAUACACCGUCGACCAGAAACUUCUUGCCUGUUGUAAGAACUGGUAGAAGUCAUGGGUAUCAUCGUCUGAUAAAAGCUAAGACGUCUGCUGAAGUAGAUGUACUUGCUAAAGAUUCUAUUAGUGUUGAAUCUGCUGAUUAUGCGAAUGAUUAUGGACUCGUGAGCAUGCACCACGUUGGAAUACUCUGCGAAAACCUCGAAAGGUCACUUGAGUUUUACCAGAAUGUGCUGGGUUUGAAGAUAAAUGAAGCAAGGCCAGAUGACAAGCUCCCCUACAGGGGUGCUUGGCUGUGGGUGGGCUCUGAAAUGAUUCAUCUCAUGGAGCUUCCAAACCCUGACCCCUUGACCGGAAGGCCUGCACACGGGGGGCGAGAUCGUCAUACUUGUAUUGAGAUUCGAGACGUGUCUAAGCUGAAAGCUAUCCUUGAUAAAGCUGGCAUUCCAUACACACUAAGCCGCUCGGGGAGGCCAGCCAUUUUCUUCCGAGACCCAGACACCAAUGCGUUAGAAUUUGCUCAAUUCGAUGCCUGAUAUGCUUAACAUUGCGCAUAAAUAAAUCGAAGUGUCCGUAUUCCUUCAAACACCCGAUCAUGUACAUAUAAUCUAUCAAAAGUUUCAUGUAAACGAUCCUGGUUUUGGUCCUUUUGGAACAGCAAUUUCCCAAAGGGAUUCUGUUGGA